AUGUGCUGGCGCGUCGGGCUCGCCUGGACGCGGUCGUGUGUGGUUGAUCUUGGCCAGAACCAGAGCUUCUCCUCCGGCCUGCCGGGCUCCGAUGAGCAGCUCUCGUUUUAUGGGUACAUUAUCGCCUACCCACUGCAGGACUGCGGCGGGAUCAUGUCAGCUUUGGGCUCGGACUCGUGGUGGCGGAAAACGCUGUAUUUGACCGGAGGGGCUCUGCUCGCUGCUGCUGCUUAUUUGCUGCACGAAUUGCUGGCCAUCAGAAAGGAGGAAGAGCUGGACUCUAAAGACGCCAUCAUACUCCACCAGUUCUCCAGGCCCAAAACUGGUGUCCCGUCCCUGUCCCCUUUCUGCCUUAAGAUGGAGACCUACCUCCGCAUGGUUGACCUGCCCUACCAGAACUACUUUGAUGGGAAGCUUUCACCACAGGGGAAGAUGCCAUGGAUUGAGUACAACCAAGAGCAGGUGUGUGGCACCGAAUUCAUCAUUGACUUCCUGGAGGAGAGGCUGGGCGCUAGCCUUAACAAGAGCCUGACACCGCAGGAGAAGGCCAUGUCUCGUGCUAUCACCAAAAUGGUGGAGGAGCAUUUCUACUGGACCAUAGCUUACUGUCAGUGGGUGGACAACCUGGAGGAGACACAGAAGAUGCUGUCAGUGAGCGGGCCGCUGAGUGACCUGCUCAAGUGGAUCCUGAGUCACGUGACCGGUGGGAUCGUCAAGAGGGAGAUGUACGGACACGGGAUCGGGCGGUUCUCCAAGGAUGAGGUUUACGCCCUGAUGGAGAAGGACAUGCGCACCCUGGCCACUUUACUAGGUGAUAAGAAAUACCUUAUGGGCUCUAAGCUUUCAACAGUAGACGCUGCAGUGUUCAGUCACCUGGCCCCGGCUAUGUGGACGCUACCAGGAACACGGCCGGAGCAGCUAAUCAAAGGUGAGCUCAUCAACCUGGCCAUGUACUGUGAGCGCAUUCGCCGGCGAUUCUGGCCCGAGUGGUUCGUGGACCUGGAGGAUUUGUGCUACGACACCACAGAGGACAGCGACUCGCCCUCCAAACUCCCUGAUCUGGGCCUCUACUCCGGCACGGGCACUUUCCAGGAGGACGAGAGCUUACACACGCCGAACACUCACACACCGCAGGACCUGCGGUCGCCCGACAGCGACCCAACGGGCCAUUCGCUGUAUGACUCUGAUAUGGACACGGAGUGCUCUGAAAUAGACCAGCUCAAGUGUUGA